AUGACUCAUCGACGAUGGAAGACUCUUCCAUGCAGGAUGAUGAUGAAUGGUGUAAUUAAUACUGUUGUUUCAUGUUAUCCUCAUGGAACGAUUCAUCGGAAACGACAUGCAUUGGUAAUUUUGAGUUUUCUCGGAAAUACAUGGUUUCAAACAGCAGCUACAAAUCCAUCCAAUCGUUGUCGUUCAUUGUCCUCUUCAUUAUCACCAACAUCAACAACUGCAAAUUCUCGCAGACAAAACGACCUUGCUCUGCAGGAACUCCGAGAAAAUGAAUUUGCAAGAAUUAGACGCCAAACCAUCCAUUCUCUUCCUUUCAGAAAUAUUUGGCCUUUUCUUAAUUAUUAUGAAAAUCGAUUGAAAAAGGAUUUGAAUGAAGAUGAUCACCAUGAUCAUAACGAGAAUCAUACAAUUGUUUUUCAAAAACCUCUAAAAGUGGAAUAUUUCAACGAAUUAUUGCAUUCUUUAAAUAUUCCCAACAUGACAUGUCCCACGAGGAAUGUCAACUCUAAUGGCAUCAAUUUUCAUGAAGAAGGAUGGUUCUAUAAACUACAGUUUGUGGAUCAAGAGUAUUUACUCAACACAUGCACAAAGGAAAAAUUACAAGAAAGUUUUUGGUACGAAAGACACAUUUACUCCACAAGUCAAAUUCCAACACGAUUCAAUAAUUUACAUGAUUUUUAUGGACAUCUCAUUUGGCUCAUGUUUCCUAAAACAAAGAGACUGUUUAAUAAGUUGCAUUUAGAACAUAUGAAAAGUCCUUCAUCCAAUACUGUAAAAGAACGAUCACCACUACAGAAUUUUCUGACUCUUUUUGAUGAGUGUGGAGUAGUUGUUUUUAUUGAGGAAUCAUCUUUUGAAGAAUUGAAAAAUUUGUUGUAUGGAAUGCAAUUUAAAAAACUAUUUUGGAAUCACAGAGCUCGUGUGGAAAGUCAAAUGAUUUUCACAAUCUUUGGACAUUCCAUUUUCGAUACACUCACACAACAUCCAUAUAUUGGCUAUACUACGAAAUGUGUAGCACUUCCACUCUCCUCUUCAAUUUAUGCUAAUCUUUAUGAUAAAUAUAGACCUGAAAAUGUUUAUCAACACCAAUCACUCAUCACUAUGAAAACGCAUGUAUGGAGUGUUAUGGAUGAUCUUCUGUUGGAUGCAUUCUCAAAUUCCAAAUAUGGCAUCAAUUUACACAACACAAAAAGUCUUCGUCCUCUUCCUCUUUUAGGUAUUCCAAAUUAUUGGAAUCCACAAACAGAAUCAUUCUAUGACAAUGAAAAAUACUUUCGAAAACCCAAAGACUCCCAUCCUGUUGAAUGA